CAUCCGGAGAGAGCGCCGAGCGAGCGAGCGAGCGAGCCAGGCAGCCAACGCGGAGCCAGCGCAGCGCGCAGAAGGUACGGAGAGGUCCACGUUGCGGGCUCACCUUAACGCCUGGGGAGCGAGGACUGGCGUUGGCCUCAGUCUCCGCGUAGAUCCCGCGCCGCUCGCUGUCCCACCGACCGGCCGGCCUGUCCAACCUCGAAACAAUGAGACUCUCUGCCGUAGCGACUUCGGCUCCCUUGCUUGUGGCUGCGCUGCAGGUGCUAUUUCUCUUGGAAGCUGCGUCCAGCCUACAACAGAAUACAACACAGACCAACCAGACCAGAGAUGAAAUGCUGAGAGUUACAGCCAAUGGCACAGUAAUGCAAUCAAACCUGACAUGUGCCACCACCAAGCCAGUGACAUCUCCACCUUCCACGAACACAUCAGCCUCUUCCAACAAAACUACAGAAGCCCCUCAGGUAACAACCAGACUCCCAGCACUGGCAGCCAACAGCACCGUGAGACCUCUGGUUACCACAAGAAGUGUGCCUCCAAGCACAACGGCGCACAGUGCCUCGAAGUCGUCAGCUGCCACGGCCAGCAACAGUACGGUGACAACCACUGCCGCCCUGGCCACAGUCACAGCCAACAUCAAUGCCCAGAUGAACAAAGGAUCAAAAUUUGAUAUCGGCAGCUUUGUCGGUGGCAUCGUACUAACUCUGGGAGUUUUAUCUAUCCUCUACAUUGGAUGCAAAACGUAUUAUUCAAGAGGCAUUCGAUAUAGAACCAUUGAUGAACAUGAUGCUAUCAUUUAAAGAAAACCAUCCAAGAACCAAAGCAAAGGAAGAAGACAAUGCAGCCCUCAUCAUUAAUUUCAGAAAAUGUCUCCCUUUUGAAAAGCAUAUAAACAGACCAUACCUACCAAGUAAACUAUAUUCUGUGAAUGUAAAACUUCUUCAUGGUCACUAAAGGUAAAAAAGGGUUGUUGCAUUUGUUUCCCUGUUCGUUUGUUUCUUAAUGAAAAGGCUUGACAAUUUCAAGAUCACACAAAUUACACAAAGCAUGUAUCCUCUUCCCACAGAUACACUUACAAACAAAUGAGUUUUGACACAGUAAAAGCCAUUCAUGGUGCUGUGAAUUGGCUCCAUAGAGUCAGCAACUGGAAGGCAUCCACAUGGAAAGACAGGGAUAUCAUCUGGGCAUCUGUCCACAUGGGGUGGGGGAGGGACCACUGCUGCCUUGGUUGAUCAUGACUCUGUCUUUGGAAGUGCCCUUACCUUGGGAGCACAUAACUUCUAGCUGCUGGAAUACUCCAGAAACCAGAAGCCUUCCAGUUUGCCGAUGAUGUAGAUAAAGCAGAAACUACCACACCAGCUAGCAGAGAUUGGGGGUGCUAAUUAUAAUCAGUCUCAAAAUGUGGCCCUUAUUUCUUCAUGCUAACAAUACACACAGAAUUCAGUGCAGUUUAUUAAAAUCCCUCUCCAAGCCUUCCCUCCACAAAGAAACCCCAAACUUUUAAGAGUAAUCCAGAAUUUUUGCUUCAGAGUUUUACCUGAGCUGUGUUCCAUUAAGGUACCAGCUGGGACUUUGGAUUUUUAUUUUUUAAGUACUUCAUUUGAGCUUUUAAUGGUAGUUGAUAGGCAAUCUUAUUUUUACUUUUCCUUGCCAUGGUUUUAGUGAAUUAUGUUUUACAUGAUGUGAUUACAGACUAGCUGUUAGGAGCAAACAAAUCAGACUGGCAUGAAAGGAAAGAGCUCACACUGUAGAUUUUUUUAACAAUGCUGUGAAAAUAUAGAUUGCCACUGGAAAUUGCUUCUGUUUCAGCUAUAUUCAGAAACGUCUAAGGAAGUCUCUCCCACCCUCAUUUAAAACAAACACCUUUGCUCUUUUUGUGAUUCUUGGCCUCUUUAGGACAGUGUAUAUAGUAGGGAUACUAUACUAAUGAAAGCACAGUGCAUUCCUGGGACAUUCAUAUUAAUAAAAGUAUUGUUGGGCAUAAUUAGGAGUAAUUUAAGUAUCCAGGGUUACUCUCUGUGUUUGACCAAGUGUGUAGCCCAGCAUGUGAAUCUCAGGGCAAGUCAAGAUUGGGGUAUCAGGCAACCAAAGUAAGCCACCAUAAAAUCCAUGUAUCUAGGGUGCAAUGAAGACUUCCUUAGAUGCACUUGGAAUUAACAGGAGCAUAAGGAAUAUUUUUCUAACCAGUUCUUGUUUCCAGCAAAUCUAGGCAUCAAAUGACAUUAAAAUACUAUGCCUUCUUAUUGUACACAGUGGCUAAGGGAUGUAUAAAUGUAGGACCAUAGCCACUGAUCCCAAAGACUAGACUGUGCAGUGAGAGUCUGUCUGACACUGCAUUUAGUAGGAAAGAUUUUAUAUGGCACACAUCUGCAUACUUUGAGGAAAGAGAUGGACAGAUAGGCCAGACAGGCACGUCUGAGUUAUGUGCUGCUGACUUCUCUGACCCUGCAUGGGUCAUUCAACUACUCAAUGCUUUUGUUUCUUCCUCUGGAAAAUAAGAUGAGAGAAUAGGAAGGCCUUCUUCCCAGGUCUGGUGCAGGAAUGGGGCUGUAUUCUGUUUGUUCCAUGCCCACCCUGUGAGCCUGUUGUUUGAAGUCUACAGGAACUUGUGUGGAGCAGGCCUCCUGAGUUUUUCUAAAAGACUUGUGUUGCACUUUCAAGAUGACAAACUCCUGAAACUCUGAGUAUCAUUAUUUGCUUUGAAAUGUUCUACUUUGUCUUGUGCUUCUAAAGAAUUUAGAUAUUGCUUUUGUCCUAUUCUUUACAUGACAAUGUAAUUUGUUAAUAUGAAAAUACCAUUAUUUCCAAAAGUCAGCUCUUGAUUAUCUGUUCCCAUUACCUUUCCCUCCCCCCCCCAACAAAAAAAAA